AUGUCUUCCUCCGGCUGGUCCCGUCUUAUCCGCUUCGUUGACGACAACGGCAACGAGACCUUUGGCGACCCCGUCGUCAAAGAUGACAAGGAAUUCGCCGAUCGUCUUGCGCGAAAUGACCUUUGGGCUGUUGAGUACAAAGGCGAGAGCCCUACGUCAGCGCUGAGCAAGGGUGAGAGCGUCCACGUCAAGGCCAUCCGGGAUAUCCUCCGGCCAGCCGACGUGCCAAUCAUCCGCUGUAUCGGCCUCAACUACAUCAAGCAUAUCAAGGAGGGCGGCCGCACACCCCCGCCGUAUCCUUCACUCUUCAUCAAGCCCUCCACCUCGGUGACUGGCCAUCUUGAUGACGUACCCAUCCCCAAGGUUGCCCAGGAUGGCACGAUAGAUUAUGAGGGCGAAUUGGCCGUUGUUAUUGGAAAGACUGGCAAAGACAUUCCCAAAGAAGCUGCCCUCUCCCACGUCGCUGGUUACCUCGCCUCUAACGACGUUUCCGCCCGUGCCUGGCAGCGCGACCCCAAGAAGGCCGGCGGCGUUCCUCAGUGGUGCUUUAGCAAGGGUUUCGACAAGUUCGCCCCUCUCGGACCGCUGCUUGUAUCGCCUGCGAUUGUCGGCAACGCCUCAGACCUCACCCUGAAGACUCUCGUCAACGGCGAGGAGAGGCAAAACACCAGCACCGGCGACCUUCUCUUCGGAGUGGAGGAGAUUAUCGCCUUCAUCAGCCAGGGAACUACGCUGGAAGCUGGAACUGUUAUUCUUACCGGCACGCCGUCUGGCGUUGCCAUGGGCAUGAAGGAGCCCAAGUACCUCAACGACGGAGAUGUCGUCGAGGUCAGCAUCACCGGGCUGGGUUAUGUGAAAAACAAGAUGGUGUUUGAGUAA